AGCGUGUAAUAGAAAAGGUAGCCGAUCGCAAAUAACGCUUAAUCAAGCAAAUAAUUGUUUAAUCGUGAAUCAAGAUAAGACAAAAAGCAAUGGCACCGUGACAGACGCGAUUCGACUGCGAUCCCGAUGGAAAAUGAUUACACGAUCAUUUUCAGGCAUUCUAGUUGGAUCGUUAACCAGCAAACUCGUCGAAUGAAGAUCAACGACGAGCCACGAGUGUCUCUUCUUCUGCGACCAAGGAGGCGCCUAUACGAAAUUCAAUUAAUUUCGCAGCUGAUGAAGACGCGUGAAUGGGGAAACAGCCCUUGAACAGAAAUUUAUAUACUCAGGGAUUGUGAAAGAUAUUUUUCAUUAGAGUUCGCUUAUUACAAGUUUUAGGAUGACAAAUGAAAAGGAUUUGAGCGAGGUAUUGUGCGUGAACAAUUCUGUGAGGAUAAUAAGUAACAGCGAGAAGGACAAUGGUGAUUUGUUACAAACAAAAGUGUACAAGAGGAGAUGGCUGAUGCUGGCUUUGUUUAGUACGUACUCGUCCAUGUUCACUUUGCAAUGGGUGCAAUAUUCUAUAAUUGCCAACAUAGUCAGCAGGUACUAUGGUGUCUCUUCGUUAGCUGUCGACUGGACAGCAAUGUCGUUCAUGGCUUAUUACAUGAUUUUCAUCAUUCCUGCAACAUAUAUUUUGGACCGAUGGGGAGUUAGAUGGGGGAAUAUUCUAGGAUGUGGUCUUGGUUGCGUUGGUUCAUGGAUCAAAGUUUUCUCCGCCCAUCCAGACAGGUUCUAUGUUACCUUCAUUGGACAGUCUUUGGUCGCUGUCACUCAGACUAUAGUUUUAAUUCUACCGGGUCGAUUAGCAGCGCAAUGGUUUGAUACCACUGAAAUAUCCACCGCAACAUCCUUAAGCAUUUUUGGUAAUCAAAUGGGAAUAGCUUUAGGUUUCCUGUUGACACCGAUAAUUGUGAAAAAUCACGAGAAUCUCCACGACAUUGGCAACGAUUUGUCAUACAUGUUCUGGGGUGUAGCUAUCAUCGUCACAGUUUUAUUUUUGCUACUUAUAAUACUGUUCGAAGACGAUCCAAAACUGCCACCGAGCAAAGCACGAGCUCUACAAAAAUUGAAUCAAAAGGAAAACGAUGAAGGUUUCAUAGAACCUAUUAAAAGAUUAUUUAAGAACAAAUCAUAUUUGUUACUUUGCAACUCGUACGGCUUGAAUAUCGGUGUAUUGAACGUUAUAGGAACGUUAUUGAAUCAGAUGUAUCUCGCACAUUUUGUGAACGGAGAGGAAGACGCGGGUAGAAUCGGUUUGGUUAUGACCGUAACUGGAAUGAUAGGUUCCAUUUGUGUUGGAAUCAUCCUUGAUAAAACACAUAGAUUCAAGGAAACAACAAUGAUCGCGUAUUUUUUCUCGGUAUGCGGCCAAAUACUCUUCUCUACGUUCACUUGUCUCGAAAUGAAAUGGAUGGUGUAUCUGUCAGCAAUUUUCUUAGGGUUCUUCAUGGUUGGAUACGUGACCAUAGGGUACGAAAUGAGUGCAGAAUACACGUAUCCAGAGUCUGAGGGCAUAACAGCAGGAAUCUUAAACGUGGCUAAUAACGUUUAUGGGGUUGUCCUCGUUUUGAUAAUGGGUCGAGUAUUGGAAGUGUACGGAGAUAUUCCGGUACAUAUUGGACUGUGCGUGGUACUACUCGUUGGUUUUAUAAUGACAGUAUUAACUAAAGACGAGCACAGACGACAGGAUGCUAAGAAUGCUACUUCUUACACAGAAGUUAGUCAAACUGAAAAAGGAAACGAGUGCAAUGGACGUGAGAAAAAUUAAAAAUCUCUUCUGUGCCGAUAUUUGCAGUGUUAAGAACUAUGAAAAACAUUUUUUUUUUAAAUAUACACUCUCCUUUUUAUACAUUGUACAUAGGUAAUGUUAAGUAACGUCUCGAGUGUCAUAAAUUAUAAUAAUCUAGGUGGAGAUAAGUAUGAUUUGAUAAUGCUCUUAUUUUAAAUUAUUUUUUAAAUAUAUUCAAUGAAAUGAA